CAGAUAAGACAUUCCAUCUUUCUAUAAAUCUUACCCUUUUAUCCUUCGCCACCCUCGCUACUUCACCACCUUUUGCUGCACUCACUCCAAUCUUCACAAGCAUUGUUCAUUCUUGAGCAUUCUGAGUGAGAGGAGAGAGAGAGAGAGAGAGAGAGAGAGAGAGAGAGAGAUAAUGGAGGGUAAAGAAGAAGAUGUGAAGCUUGGAGCCAACAAGUACUCUGAGAGGCAACCCAUUGGGACGGCUGCUCAGACAGACAAGGACUACAAGGAGCCACCACCAGCACCACUCUUUGAGCCUGGAGAGCUCCAGUCAUGGUCCUUCUACAGGGCUGGGAUUGCAGAGUUUGUGGCCACCUUCUUGUUCCUCUAUAUCACCAUCUUGACUGUGAUGGGUGUGUCUCAGAGCAAGACCAAGUGUGCCAGUGUGGGCAUUCAGGGCAUUGCUUGGGCCUUCGGUGGCAUGAUCUUUGCCCUCGUGUACUGCACUGCUGGUAUCUCAGGUGGACACAUUAACCCGGCAGUGACCUUUGGCCUGUUCUUGGCAAGGAAGUUGUCCCUCACUAGGGCAGUGUUCUACAUCAUCAUGCAGUGCCUUGGUGCUAUCUGUGGAGCUGGUGUGGUCAAGGGCUUGCAAGGCGACUCCAGGUAUGAGCUGCUCGGAGGUGGAGCCAACUCUGUGAGCCAUGGGUACACCAAGGGUGAUGGCCUUGGUGCUGAGAUUAUCGGCACGUUUGUGCUUGUUUACACCGUCUUCUCUGCCACCGAUGCCAAGAGAAAUGCCAGAGACUCCCAUGUUCCUAUUUUGGCUCCUCUUCCCAUCGGCUUCGCAGUGUUCUUGGUUCAUUUGGCAACCAUCCCCAUCACAGGAACCAGCAUCAACCCCGCCAGGAGCCUUGGAGCUGCCAUCAUCUACAACAAGGGCCAUGCAUGGGAUGAUCAGUGGAUCUUUUGGGUUGGACCCUUCAUUGGAGCUGCACUAGCUGCAGUGUACCACCAGCUAAUCAUCAGGGCCAUCCCUUUCAAGGCCAGGGCCUAGAGAGUCUCCUCUUCUUCUCCUCUUAAUUUUGAAUCGAAACAUCUCUUCAUCAUUCCAUCCUCUUUUCCCACUUCUUGGCUUUUAUCUGGUUGGUCUUUAAGGUGUGGAACCUAUGGUGUAAAUUAUGGACCUACUUUCAUAUUCCUGUUUGUGACAGAUUAUGAAUGGAUUAUUAUUAUUUUAUCUUAUAAA